AGGAAGAGGAAUAUGGCACCAGUGAGCAUCCGAGUGGACGGCGGUAUAGAGAAACACAGUGUGAUGCUGCAUGCAGAGGCACCAUUCAGGGCGCUAUGGCUGAUGUUGCCUCCCGUUGGCUCCUCUGGGCCUCUCUGGGAGCAGAGCUGACCACAUUACCCACCUGUCACCUGUUCCUCUCACCUUGCUGCCUACUGUCACUCCCAAAGACCAUGGAGGAGAUCACCAACGCCACGCCACCUGCACUGGAGCGUCGGGCUCGCCGUCGAAAGUCCGCGGUUUCGGUCCUCAAGUCCAAGCUGAAGAAGAGCGUGACCUGCUCCGUGCCCAGGGUCCGAUCCGCCCUGACCGGGUUCUUCCCCGUCGUGCGCUGGCUGCCUAAAUACAAGCUGCGGGAGUACAUCUGGGGCGAUGUGAUGUCCGGGGUGAUCGUUGGUAUCGUCUUGGUACCACAGGCCAUCGCCUACUGCCUGCUGGCAGGGGUGGGGCCGAUCUAUGGUCUGUACACAUCAUUUUACGCCAACAUCAUCUACUUCCUCAUGGGGACGUCCCGACAUGUCUCGGUGGGGAUCUUCAGCCUCAUGAGCCUGAUGGUUGGACAGGUGGUCUACAAGGAGAUGUUCCUGGCAGGUUUUGACCUCAACGAGGACUCCACAGCGUCUGGGCCUGAUGUGUUUAAUGCCACGCUGGGAACCAACGUCACCACCAGCAAACCUCACACCGUGGAGCUAAUGGGUCUGCAGUGUGACAAAGAGUGCUACUCCAUCAGCAUCGCGGCUUCCCUCACAUUUCUGGUUGGCGUUUAUCAGGUUUUGAUGGCCGCGUUUCGGCUCGGCUUCGUCUCCGUAUACCUUUCGGCUCCGAUGCUUGACGGUUUUGCCACGGGAGCCUCUUUCACCAUCCUCACCGUGCAGGCCAAAUACCUGUUGGGUCUAAAGAUCCCCCGUCACCAAGGCUACGGCACAGUUAUCGUCACCUGGUACAACAUCUUCGCCAACAUUCACGAGACCAACCUGUGUGACCUCAUCACGAGCGCCAUCUCUAUCUCUGUUUUAGUGGCGGGGAAAGAGAUCCAGGAGCGCUACAAGGAUCGUCUUAAGAUCCCACUGCCGACUGAGCUGAUAGUUGUGGCAGGAGCUACGCUGGCCAGCCAUUUUGGGGAGCUGAAUAGCAAUUACGGCUCCAGUGUAUCCGGCCACAUCCCCACAGGCUUCAGUCCUCCCCAGGUGCCCAGCUUCAGUCUGAUGUCACGGUUGAUACUGGAUGCCGUCCCUUUGGCUCUCAUUAGUUUUGCCUUCACGGUGUCGCUGUCCGAGAUGUUUGCAAAGAAAAAUGGCUACACGGUUCGUCCCAACCAGGAGAUGCUGGCCAUCGGCUUCUGUAACAUCAUCCCCUCCUUCUUCCACUGUUUCACCACCAGUGCGGCAUUGGCAAAAACCAUGGUGAAGGACUCUACAGGUUGCCAGACACAGAUCUCCAGUCUGAUCAGCGCCCUGGUUGUCCUGCUCGUCCUUCUCUUCUUUGCGCCUUUCUUCCACGCCCUCCAGAAGUGCGUCCUCGCCUGCAUCAUCAUCGUAAGCCUCCGCGGGGCACUGAGGAAGUUCAGAGACGUGCCGGCCAAGUGGCGCGCCAGCCGCACCGACGGCACCGUGUGGCUGGUCACCAUGUCAGCCACGGCUCUGCUCAGUGCCGAGCUGGGCCUCGUGGUCGGAAUAUUCUUUUCCAUGUUCUGCAUCAUCUUCGAGACUCAGAACCCUAAGGUCUCUGUCCUGGGCCGGGCAAAGGACACGGAUCUUUACGAGGACUUGGACGAGUACGAGAACCUCAUGGCGCCACCUCGGGUUCAGGUGUUCCGCUUCCAGGCGCCGCUGUACUACGCAAACAAGGACUCGUUCCUCAAAUCCCUCUACAAAGCUGUCGGGGUUGAGCCCUUCUCGGAGCUGACUAAGAGAAGAAAGGCGGAGAAGAAGGCAAAGAAGAUGUCUUCAAAGAUGGUUGUGAUAGGCCUCGGACUCAUACAGAAAGAACUGGCCUUCCACACGCUGGUCUUGGACUGCUCUGCGAUACCCUUCAUGGACUCAACGGGCACGGCCGCAUUUAAGGGGCUGGUCAAGGAAUUUAAAGAGAUAGGCGUCAGCGUGCUCCUCGCACACUGCAACACCUCAGUCAUCGAUGCCCUGCAGAGAGGACAAUUCUUCGGGAAAGACGACAUGAGCCGCCUGCUGUUUCAUACAGUCCACAUGGCGGUGCUUCAUGCAAACAGCGCAUCCGCAGCAGCAGAAAGCAAGUCGGAAGACUUGGUUUAGAACAUCUGGAGGAAGGGAAGGAAUGGUAUUACAUGAGGUACGCACAUGACAUCUAGGGCAAUGCUACAAGAUAGCUUUGAGGUCACUAUUCGGGAAGCUUUGUUCUGAAAAACCGGAAGGGUAUAGUUUUUUGGAUGUGAUUUUUUUGUGACGUAGUCAAGCUGCCUGGUUGGUUCCUGUUAGGUACUGAGAUAUCUGAGGCUUAGAACACAUUUGUGUCACUCAGUCAAAGGCAGCGCUGCCUGCAAUGAAAGCUAUUUUAACUUUUCACAUCACUUGAGUCCUUUGGCCAAAGUCCAUGGCUAUAACCCAGGUCUAAAGUGCACGGCACAUUCAACCGCAAUUUGCAUUUUUUCCUAAAUUUUUUACAUGGGAGUUCAAAAUCCUUUGUGAAAAGGCCAGUUAAACCUGAAGAAGAAGCACUGGUCCGUGGCGGUAACAGCUUUCUCUGCCUCGGUGUCACACAGAAACAGUGUUGCAUUGAAAACCUUGGCUCAGUGACAUAUAAUUUUACUCUUUCCCUGAUCUUUGGUGCCCCAACAAUGAGGCCUGUAUCUCCUUUAGAUCUGUUCUCGUAAAGAUUAAAGGAAUUACACACUCUUGUUUUUGUGCUUCGGACUUUUACACCUCAACUGAUUGCAGCAGGUAAAGUCAGAAUUUUUCUUUUAGUGCUUUGCCACUUUCUUUGAUGUUUGUUGAAUCAAAUGUUUUGACUCUGAAAAUCUAAUCAGAUUUUAUCUCUGUGAUUAAAUCACCGUUUUCCUUUGUCUUUUAUCAUUUCAAAACUACCACAAAUCAUGUAAUACUUUGUUUUUAAAGACAUAGACAUUAGUGGUUGUAAAUUUAGCAAAUUAACAUUUUAUAUUUUCCUACAUUUAUUUUGUCAUCAGCCAGUUUCUACGUAUUCAUGGAACUUAAAUGAACACAUUUUAGAUGAAAACGUGUAGUCGGCUCGACUUUCAUCACUGAUAGUGUUGACAUUCAACACAGUAUAUAGAACAUGCACUGCCUUGAUGUUCAAUACUUGAAAUAAACCGAUAUGUUUUUGGCCUGAGUCUGAAUUAUUGGCAUUAAGACCUUUUUCACACCAAAGAAAUAUCAAUUAGUUAAAAGAAGAGAAUGGUGCUUCAACUCCUUCACCAUAAGUAAACCCAGGGAAAAUGAAAUAAUGGCGACUUUCUAUCAUUGCUGUCUCAGACACCAUUUGCACAAAUACUCAUUACUGCAUGAGGUGAUUUUGUGAUAUAUCAUUUUCUAGCACAACUAUCAUACUAACAAAGCCACUGUGGAAAUAAAUGACAAUCAUUUAGGAUGUCAGCAUUGCCACCAGACAGGAGGUAGAUUUACUAAAUGAUUGUUUGCGUUUUGAAUAAAUGGGAAAAACAUCUGAGAUAGCGUAUAUUUCCUGCUUCUGAGACUGACACAUAGAGCAUGUGACUUUACAAUGACCUGCUGAGUCGUCAGAAGAUCACUGUGUUUAACAAGCAUGUCAUUAUCAAUUCGCCAACUCAUGACACCGGCUGAACAGAAAGCCCUCAGAUGUAAAGUCACCUCCUCUGACCCAUGAUGUGCCCUUCAUGCAAUGGUGAACGGAUUCUAAUGGAUUAGAAAUAAAUAAAUAAAAUUA